CCCCGGAAAUCAACAAGCGAGAGUGGUGGGUUAAAAUAAAAGUUUUGUGCGGUUUGGUUCAAACAGACGGGAAUACUGGAGGAGUUUUACACAAUAUUUAACGUUUGAAAGCCAUGGCAUCCUCAACAGCUCCUCUGGGUCCUCAGAACCAAAACCAGAAAGAACAUACAGGGUUUCUGAGACAUCAAGAAGUAAAUAAAAUUUCUGAGAAGCUGAGGACCAAACCCCACACUGCCCAGUCGUCCAAAACAGGAUCUGAGAAUCAGGACCCAAAUGAAGCUACUAAGCCCACAAAAGGAGUAAAUAAACUGAAGACUGUCAGCAGGCUUCCUGUCCUUGCAAAAUCCCUGCAGCCAGUUCUUACAGAAGUUUCUCAAACUCCAGGGUAUAAGAAAUGGGAAGAGAGGCCUCUGCUGGGCAAGGCUCAGAAGAGGAAAACAUGUACCAAGCCUGUUCCUUUCAGUUUGUCCCAGUCUCGGACCCACAGCCAGAAGAUCGCUGAAGCUGCUUCUGAAAGUGAGGGGUCUAGAAUGCCCUUGACUCAUCAUAGUCGACAGACACCAUCCAAGACACUGAGCACCUCUCAACAAAGAACAAAAAACAGAACUCCUACUCAUAAUACUGCUCUAAGGAGUGCACAUGUGGACCACAUAAACAAUACUAAAACUAAGCCUUUAAGUCUAGAGGGUCACACAAAGUCUGAGUCACAGGUAGUCAGUGACUUCUCUAAUGAAAUAGGCUCCUCUAUUCAAAGAGACUUAAGCAGACAACUGGGCAGCAUCACACUUGCACAUUCAGAACUUACCAAGGAUCAAACUAACUCUUUAAGAACUGCUGAGGUUGAUGACCAAGCAGUUCGCCAUCCAACAACUAAAGGAUGUAUUCAGACGCUUCUGGCUGCUAGUUGUACAAAUACAACAGGGAGUGCUGUAGCAUUUUCCCCUGACCCGUCAGCACUUCGUAGUAUUUUGCUAAAUGAGGGAGUUAAAGUGAGUGGUCCUGUUGGAGCAACACCCCAAGCAUCUGCCCACCCAUUAGGGAGAGGGACCUCCAUUUACUCUGCUCAACGAGUACCUGUUAAGAAGCCCCAAACAAAAGCUACUACAGCAGAGCCAGAACCUACUGGGAGUGCUGUGCCAUUUUCCCCUGACCCAUCAGCCCUCCGUAGUAUUCUUCAAAAAGAGGGAGUGAAGGUGGGUGGUCUUAGUGGAGCAACGCCUCGUGUGUCUACCUGCCCCUCAGGGAGAGAAACUUCCAUUUUCUCUGCUCAGCGAGUGCCUGUUAAGAAGCCGCAGACAGAAGUUGCUACAGUAGUGCCAGGACGCACCGGGAGUGCUGUGCCAUUUUCCCCUGACCCUUCAGCCCUUCGUAGUAUUCUGCUUAAUGAGGGUAUCAAAGCAGGGGGUCCUGCUGGAGGGACACCCAGAAUGUCUACCUGCCCCUCAGGAAGAGGAACUUCCAUUUACUCUGCUCAAAGAGUACCAAUUAAGAAGACUCGGGCAGAAGGUCCUGUAACAGGGGCAGAACACACUGGUGCCAGCCGAACUCCCAACACAAAAUGGACACAACAACGAGUUCCCUGCGGCCAGUCACAGUCUCUGAGGAGGCUUAUCUGUGCACCAAAGACUCCCGUCUUCAGUGCCUCUCCUGGGUUGAGUAAAACCCCAGCGGCCAGCACAGACAGCUCUACCCCUCAGGAAGUAGAGGAGGAUGUGGUUCAGAGGCUAUUUCAAGAGGAACCAGAGCAGGAGGAGAAUGAGCAGAUGGAGGAAGGACGAGAUACGGGUCCAUCACUGGAACAUCACCAAACUGUUGAACCUCACUUGAAGCAUGAAGGGAGCACAACAACAAACAGCUGCCUUUUACAGAAAGAGAACAGUAUCCCAGUAGCUCAGCCCUUUAUCCAGUCAACGCACAGGCAGUCGGUCAUUGUUCUCUCAUCUGGUCUGCGGCUGUUCGGGCCGGGCCCGACUCAUGGUAAUGCACAGACUCCUGAGCCUGCAGGGCAGCUUCAGCCCUGUGCAACUAGCACUGAAGUUCAGAGCACAGCUCCUGCACAGUCAGCCCGGUCCAGUGGAUCACAGAGUGCACUAAAUUCAGACAGUAAACAAGUUACCCCCAGCGCACUUUGUAAGACAAAAGCAGCAUCUGGUCUCAGCUCAGCAGUGUGUGCUCUAAGACGGCGUCUGCCGCCCCUGGAAGAAAUGUUUCUGGAUGAAGAAUGUGCUACGUACACUUCCUGCCAGCAAGCAUGGCCAGCACAGCCCCGCUGUAGCAACCCUGUGGCCUCCAGUCUCCUCUUUCAGGAUUCCACUUGCUUUUUGCCUAUUGGCUUGAACUCCUAGAGCCUCAGUCCUCUUCCCUACCUUCCCUCGUCAAUUGGAGCGUGACGGCUCAACUCAAACAUGCGUUGAUUUCUGUUGUUUUCCUGUUCCAUAGUUCAAUCUAGCCUCAUGCAAACCAUCCUGAAUCUCUCUCAGAAUUUCACUAAAUUUCACUCCACAGAUUAAUUCUGGCAUUUCUCCACCAUCAGAUUGUGUUAGCAUUAUACACUCCUGGGCAAGAAAAUGGGCUUAACAACAAAUUAUUAAACAAAUAAAUAAAGUAACUUAAAAUGGGAGAGCUUUUUUGAUUUCUUCAAAUGUUGAAGUCUUGUUUAUAAAUGUGAAAAUAACCUUUGACAGAAAGAAGUCAGUAUUUUUACACUUAGCAUUGGUGGCUUUAAACAGUUAAAAAACAUUGAUGAGCUAGUUUGUGUUUAAUGUGUAACCCAGUAUUCUCUAUAGGGUUUAAAUGUGGACUCUGACCAGGCCAAAACACCAGUAAAAACAAUUACAUUUUGGACUUGGCCCAUUUUUUGCCCAGAAGUGUAGAGUAGUUUAAAUGUUCAGGCUGAAUAUUAUAUUGAGAUAUUAUAUAUAUUGCUGCUAGGGACUGCACUGUUUCUAUACCAUCUGGCUCGGAUAUUGGAGAGCAAACAAGAAUGAAUCUGAUUCAAUCCCGUUAAAAACCCUGUGAUAUAGUAGUGUUUGAGUCCUUUGAACAGGAUGGCCUACUUUUAGAGACAGCACUCAAAGAAAAAGUGGUACUGCGCCCUCUUUAAUUGCUAGACAUUGCAAUUACAAGACAAUUCUAAUUUUGUUACAGUGCAGAUCCUUAAUGUGUGAUGGGUAAAGAUUGAGCUGCUUCUUUUUUUUUUACUAAAAUGAUUAAGUGUAUCAUGCAAAUGCCUUAAUUAGCAAUGCACCAAUUAUGGGAAUUGAGGGCAGAUUCAGAUAUCCAAUAUUUUUCAUAUACAAAUCUGUCAGUGCCACUACAAAACCAUGUAGAAAUAAGGAUCUACCUGGAUUAACCUUAUUGAAAAGUAUAUGAUUAUUUUGAACCAGGUUACAAAUGCAGCAAGAGGACUAAAAUCCAGAUAUUUUAGCACAGUGCCACCUAAACAUUUUGUUCU